AUGGCGGCGGCCGAGGUGGCGCGGCAGGUGGGAGCGUGCUGUCGUACUGUCCCGCUUUCCGGACACGUAGGAUUUGACAGUUUGCCUGACCAGCUGGUUAAUAAGUCAGUUAAUCAUGGGUUUUGUUUCAACAUCCUGUGUGUGGGGGAAACUGGCCUUGGUAAGUCCACCCUCAUGGACACACUUUUCAACACCAAGUUUGAAGGUGACCCAGCAUCUCACUCACAGCCCGGGGUCCAGCUGAAAUCCAAUACCUACGACCUGCAGGAGAGCAACGUUAACCUCAAACUGACUAUUGUGAGCACAGUGGGCUUUGGGGAUCAGAUCAACAAAGAGGACAGCUAUAAGCCCAUUGUUGAGUUCAUUGAUGCUCAAUUUGAAGCCUACUUGCAAGAAGAACUGAAGAUAAAAAGGGUCUUGCACAACUACCAUGACACCCGGAUCCACGCUUGCUUGUACUUCAUUGCUCCGACAGGCCACUCGCUGAAAUCCCUGGACUUGGUAACAAUGAAGAAGCUUGACAGCAAGGUGAACAUCAUUCCCAUCAUUGCCAAAUCUGAUGCCAUUUCCAAGAGUGAGCUGACGAAAUUUAAAAUUAAAAUCACAAGCGAACUGGUCAGUAACGGAGUUCAGAUCUACCAGUUCCCAACAGACGAUGAAUCAGUGGCGGAGAUAAAUGGGACAAUGAAUGCCCACUUGCCGUUUGCAGUGAUCGGGAGCACGGAGGAGCUGAAAAUAGGAAACAAAAUGAUGAAAGCUCGUCAGUACCCCUGGGGCACAGUGCAGGUGGAGAAUGAAGCUCACUGUGACUUUGUGAAGCUGCGGGAGAUGCUGAUCCGCGUGAACAUGGAAGACCUUCGUGAACAGACCCACACACGCCACUAUGAGCUGUACCGGCGAUGUAAACUGGAAGAGAUGGGUUUCAAGGACACCGAUCCAGACAGCAAACCCUUCAGCUUACAAGAAACUUAUGAAGCCAAAAGAAAUGAGUUUCUGGGGGAACUGCAGAAAAAGGAAGAGGCAAUGAGGCAAAUGUUUGUCCAGAGGGUCAAGGAAAAAGAAGCGGAGCUGAAGGAGGCUGAAAAAGAGCUGCAUGAAAAGUUUGAUCGCCUGAAGAAGUUACAUCAGGAUGAAAAAAAGAAGCUAGAGGAUAAGAAGAAGUCCCUGGAUGAUGAAGUAAAUGCAUUUAAACAAAGGAAGACAGCAGCUGAAUUGCUCCAAUCUCAGGCUCAGCAGGCUGGAGGAUCGCAAACUCUUAAAAGAGACAAGGAAAGAAAAAAUAACCCAUGGCUCUGUACUGAGUAAUUACCCCUGAAUACAAUGGGCUGGAAUGGACCUUCAUUUACUUGUUAAAUCGGAGGGUCUAAUAAAACGUGACAGCAUUUCAGCUGUGACCUUUCCAUGGUGUUACCCUUGCUCUCUCCUAUAUCCUCAUUGUGAUUCUGUCUUUACUAUGUACUGGUGGUUAUUGCUUUUAUUAAACAAUGUAAAAUUAGUCCUAACGAGGUUUUGGAUGCCCCAACUUUAAAUC